ACCCUCCUCAGUACGUCGGGGAAGACAAGGCGUGCUUUCUUGCGAUGGUCAUAUGGUGGACAUCCCGCGAGUACGCCCGGAAGCACGAGGAGGGCAAGCAGAAGCGUUUAGAGAUGGGAGGUGGAUCACAUGUCCAGGGCAGCAAGAACUUGGCCCUUACCUUGCAGGAAGAGGAAGUGAAGACAGGCGCGACACCAAACUUAUUUGGCCUUUUCCAAAAGUCGAAGACCAGGAGGGAGCCGCAUCCUGUAACGGGGUCCGUGUGGGUCAACGAGCUAGCGGAGGCCCAGUGUGGGGCGUACCGCUCGAGCUUCAAGGCCAAGCACGGCGAAGACGCCGACCCAACCACCGAAGACUUUGACGUUGAGGUUGCGGUGCUUGCGGGACAAGGCAAGAAGGGUGGCCGCCUAUGGAUUGCUGAUGGGUUAGUCGACCCAACGACCAUUCCAUCUCUACGCUAGAUCCGUCGUGGGCGUACGAGCGAGCAGCCUCAGGUACAGACCCGCCCACGGGCUUCGGACCUAGCUGUCGAGAA